AUGCAAGACCCCAAAAGACCCAAAAUCGCAAAGGUGGCUUCCGGAGGAGAUUCGGCAUCGUCAGGUGCCUUGAUUGCCCAGCUUGCCAACAUCACGUCCUUCUUGAAAGUCCCGACUCAGUUGCAGCCUUAUCUCGAGACGACCGCUGAGCAUCUGGCUUCAGCUUCAGAGUAUCUUCAGUCAGCGACCGGUCUUUCUCCCAACCAGGUCUACAGUGCCACCGCCGGUACACUCCUCGCUCUGAGCAUCAUCCCCGUCAUCGCCACCCGGAGAUUCAAAGGCAGAAAGGGAGGAAAGAUGUCUUGGUGGGGACGCCCCAGCUUGUCGUCUUGGAACUCGGGUGUUGGCCAAGGAGGUGUGCCGAGUGUGACUGAGGAAGAUUUCAGCUAUAUCACUACCGAGGAUCUUGAAAGUCCUCGCUACAGUCAACGCUAUGACUACACUCGGUCACCACCGGCUGCCGUUCCGGCUAUCAGCAGGUACGAACAACCUGAAGACGACGCUCUAAACAUUGUUUACAAGAACGCCGUGUACCCCGAGGGGUUUCCUGCGUAUUCGAUUGGCGACGGCAAACUCUUGGUCAGCGAUGUGAAGGAGCGAGUGAAGCUGAUCUUGGGGAUUUCUGACCGCCACGGAAGAAUUCGUCUGUACUACAAGGGCCGCCGCUUGAGGGACGAUGACAAGCCUGUCAGAGAGUAUGGCGCCAAGCACAACAGCGAGAUCACGGUCACGAUAAGCGAGCGCGAAUCCGAGAGCAGCAGUGAUGUGGGGAGCGAUGAGAUUGUCAUCGUUGAUCGUGACGGGCACGAGGUUCGCGGUGAACCAGAGCCUUCCAAGAAGCACCGCAAGAAGCGCAGAGGCAGGACCAGAGACGAGCGUGGUGCCCGCAGCCCUCAGAGCCCGCAAGAGAGUGCUUCAGAUGUUGGUCUCAGAGUGCCGACUGAAGACCCUCGGAAGAGGGCAGCUUCACGAGUUCGAUCCCACUCCCCUUCAGCCGAGUCCGGCUUUUCAGCAGCAUCCGGAGUGUCCGGGGUCUCGGCUAUCUCUGCUAUCUCGGCCGGUAGCGUCACUCGCGCCAGCCCGGCCUCGGUUGCCCCGGGCGGUCCCAUCGAGAAGCUCGAUCAAAUCGCCGCCCACUUCAACAACACACUCCUGCCAUUGUGCCGACAGUUUGCGGCCCAUCCUCCUUCGGAUCCUAAGAAGAGAUCAGAGGAGCACCUCAAACUAUCAGAGACAAUCCUACAGCAGGUUCUCCUAAAGUUUGAUGAUAUCGAAACGGGAGGAGAUGUCGCAGUUCGCACCAGGAGGAAAGAGAUGGUGAAGCAGUGCCAAGAUGUUCUGAAGACGCUCGACGAGGCUCUCAAGGCAUAG